AUGGAGCAAGUAUGGCAACACGAGUUCAAAUCACUGUUUGCUCAAUAUGCACCACACUGCUGGAAAUUGGUACCAGUAAAUCAAAAACCAGUGGGGCUCUGGAAUGCUAACGUUGACUCCGCGAAAGUCAGAUUUUGCUGCGAGGACUGCGGGCAUGGCUGGACAUCUAUGAAAGGGAGAGUUGCAUUCUGGUUCAUUCUCAAUCCAUCCAGUGGAGAAGGCAUGGUGUGCCUUAAAUUAUAUGGUCAGCAAUGUGACCGAUGUAAAACAGGAAAUUAUGAACCUGCGAUGUGGUAUCCCGAAGAAGUUCUAAAGGUCUUGGUAAAUAUCUACAACAGGGUAGGACAAGUAUAUUAUGGAUUUCAACAAGCACCUUACCACAGAGCAAGAAGAGCUGGUAAACCUCGAACACCUCAUAACAGCGAUCUUUGUCAAGCAUGUAAAGAUGGAGUUUGUGCAGAAAGGAGAUAAUCUCAUGUGAUAUAUUGUAGCAUCUUUUACAUGCUAGUCGAUUCAAAUAUAAGGUUGGAGUAAAAAUUAUACAAGCUACUGGCAAGAAUGUAAUUGAGCUUUCCAAGGUACAAAAAAAAAAAAAAAAAAAAAAAAAAA